AUGGCACCGCCGUCGAGGGCAGGGCACGCAGCUGCCGUCGUUUCCGUGUCCCUCCUCAUUCUCGCCGUAGCACCGUCGUCCACCACCGGUAUCGGCGUCAACUACGGCACCAAGGGCGACAACCUCCCGCCGCCGGCCACGGUGGCGUCGUUCCUGGCCAACCGCACCCGCAUCGACCGCGUGAAGCUCUUCGACACGAACCUGGACAUGGUCCGCGCCUUCGCCGGCACGGGCAUCGCGCUCAUGGUGACCGCGGGCAACGGCGACAUCCCCAAGCUGGAGACCAAGGACGGCGCGGCGGCGUGGGUGGCCUCCAACGUGGCGCCGUACUACCCCUCGACGGACAUCUCGCUCGUCCUCGUCGGGAACGAGAUCAUGGACACGGGCGACAAGGCGCUCAUCUCGAACCUGGUGCCCGCCAUGCGCUCGCUCAAGGCGGCGCUGGUGGCGGCGGGUUUCCCCAAGAUCCGCGUCUCCACGCCGCACUCCCUGGGCAUCCUGGCCGGCGCGUCGGAGCCGCCGUCCGCUAGCCGGUCGCCGUUCAUGGUGAACCCGUACCCGUACUUCGGGUACAACGGCGCGACGCUGCCAUACGCGCUGGCACGGCCCGACAACCACCUGGGCGUGACGGACCCCGGCACGGGCAUCACGUACACCAGCAUGUUCGAGGCGCAGCUGGACUCGGUGUUUUCGGCGAUGAAGAAGCUCGGGUUCGACGACGUGGAGAUCGCGGUGGGCGAGACCGGUUGGCCGACCAAGGCGAUGGACGGGCAGAUCGGCGUGAGUAACGCCGAGGCGGCAGAGUACAACCGGUACCUCAUCGGCGAGGCCGGCGGCGGGUCGGGCACGCCGCUGAUGCCCAAGCGCACGUUCGAGACGUACAUCUUCGCGCUCUUCAACGAGAACCUCAAGCCCGGCCCCGUCGCCGAGCGCAACUUCGGCCUGUUCUACGCCAACCUCACGCCGGUGAAGACAGGGGCUGCACCGGCGCCGGCGCCGGCAGCCACUCUGGCGUCCGCCCCUGAAUCCAAGGCUGCCAAGAAAGAUGACGUGGAGGCGGCCACGGCACCGGAAGAGACGGCCGCAUCCGCGUCGGCGCCUGCGCCGUCGUCUGUGGACGACGAAGGUUCAUCCGAGGCCACCGGACCAUCGCCGUCGUCAGAGGCGCCAUCUCAGAGUGAUUCGACCGACGAAGACAAGACGCCGGAGGGGGAAGGAGGGGAUGCGCCGCCACCGGCGACGGCAGCGUCCAGCGGGCCGGCCGAUGAGUCGUCGGAGACAGCAGCAAAGGACGGCGAUGCUGCUGAAAGCGGCGGUAAAACGCCGGCGCCGGCGGGAGCAGCGUCUCACGGCAGCAACCUCCGAGUGCCCGUCUCGUCCGUCCUUACAAUUGCUCUGUCGUCUCUACCUCUUGGCAUCUAA